GAACCUGAGCUGACGCUGUCGGCCGUUCAGCGACCCCGGCCCACCCCACCAUCCAGGCAGAUUCAAACUACCUACUGAAAUACCUACCCCGCGAUUCCGAUCCUCGGAGGUAAUAGUUCGUCUAUGUCUGACACGACACCAAUUUACAACGCCACAAAAACAAUAGGCCAAUGAACUAAUCGCGUAUUCUCAGCUCGAUUAUUGUGCCUAGUCCUGUCGCCAUUGCGGGAAACGAAGGGGAAAAACUGGGAGAUCAAGAGUCUCCCCUGCAAUCAUCGCUGCUUCGGUGGAGAUUCAGGCGCGACCAGGUUGGUAAAGCAUCCAAGCGCUGACCGAGGAAGACGACAGCACACAGGCCAGAGACAAUGGCUUCGUUUCCGCCCCCGCCAGUCAACACCAUUGACUGGUCUAACGUGGGGUUUCGCGUGCGUGAGGUGAACGGACACAUUGAGUCUCACUACUCCGUCAAGACAGGUCAAUGGUCGUCACUUCAGUUCGUAACUGACCCUUACAUUCGCAUCCAUGGCAUGGCACCGGCCCUCAACUACGGCCAGCAAGCCUACGAAGGCCUCAAGGCCUUCCGCAGCCCUUCCGGCGACAUCCUUGUCUUCCGACCCGACCGCAAUGCCCUUCGCAUGCAGCACUCGGCUGAGUUCAUCUCCAUUCCUCCGGUACCCGUCGACCUGUUCGUCGAUGCCGUGAAAGCCGCCGUUUCUCUCAAUGCCGAGUACGUCCCACCCCACGAGACCGGCGCGGCCAUGUACAUCCGCCCGCAGAUCUACGGGUCCAGCGCCCAGCUGGGCCUCAACCCACCCGAGGAGUACACUUUCUGCGUCUACGUCCUGCCCACCGGCGUGUACCACGGGACACACCCCGUCAAGGCCCUGAUCUUAGACGAGUUCGAUCGUGCGGCGCCGAACGGGACGGGGAGCGCGAAAGUCGGGGGCAACUACGCGCCCGUGCUGAGAUGGAGCGACAAGGCGCGAUCGGAGGGGUACGGUAUCACAUUACACCUCGACAGCGCGACGCAUUCCGAGAUCGACGAAUUCAGCACGAGCGGGUUCAUCGGUGCUACUGUGGAUGGCGAUUCCGUGACGCUAGUAGUGCCGGAUUCGAAGAAUGUCAUCCAGAGCGUGACGGCAAAUAGCGUAACGGAGAUCGGCCGCAGCUUCGGCUGGAGGGUGGAGAAGCGAUCGAUCAAAUACACCGAACUGCAAAACUUCUCCGAGGUUAUGGCCGCGGGGACUGCCGCGGCGCUCGUGCCCAUACGAUCCAUCACGCGGCGCCUCGACCCCGCCUCGCCGAAGUCCCUCACAUCUGCUGCCGUAUCUCACCCUCGCGUGUCGGCCGAGGCCGCGGCCGAGAAGGUCACUUACAUACCCGAUUCCAGCGAAGAUGCCGGCCCGAUAUGUCUGCGACUGCUGACUCAGCUUAAGGGCAUCCAGGCGGGCAAGGUCAAGGACGAGUUCAACUGGUGCGUCGGCGUCAGCCGCGAGGAUGGCACCAAGGUCGUCGGUGAACCCAAGGAAGCAAAUGGCAACGGGCAGACCGUCGACCAGCUAGACUAACUCGGGGAAGGAUAUAUAACUUUCGUGGGGGGUUGAUGUUGGGAAUCCUCGAACAGGCUUGGGUGUUCGAGGCCCCAUCCACUUUUCUUUUCUGCCGGUCGCUACGUGAUCAUGUGAAAUGUAAAAUCAAAAUAGGUUAGGUGAGAAAAGAGGCUGAGAAUGAACAAUUAUGCUAGAAGAAAAGGGAGAGGAGACGUUGUUCGCGACAAUGGGUGGGACAUGCAUUCGAAAUACUGCGCACUGCGGACAAGGAUGUCUUGCAGCCGCUCGGAAUGGGAAGCCUUAGUGACAUCAUAUGAAGGGGAAGAACUGGGGACUCGCGGCAAACAGCCGGCAUGUACGUGAUAUUAUCUGACUGCUGUAACGUGAAUCCUGUUGGGCCGUUUUGCAGAUGCUCCGCCGGCCUGGUUGGCUGCGCCAGCCUUCGCUAAUCACCGCUUGUGAGC